AUGCAUGACAAGAAAUACGGCUCGCUGAUCUGGAAGGCACUGCUAAUGCUCCGCUGCCUUGCGUGGAUGUCACACAGAUUUGAAGAGCAAGAAGCGAACUGGUCUUAUAGGACACGUGUCAUUAUCUCACCAUUCUCUCUCUCAACCGAAUCAUCUUCCCUCCUUCUCUCCUUCUCUCGUGUACGUUCCACCGUGGAAGGGUUCACCGGCUGUCCAUCGGCUUUGGAGCUUGCCGCUUUGUUGGGAGUUGAUCUGGGAGGGAGAAAAGAAGAGAACCAAAGGUCGACGGUGAUAGCGAUGGAGAGUUUCGGGAUGCAGUUGGAUCCAAGUGCCCUUACCUGGUCAUGGGAAGCUGGUGAUCCAAUCAGGGAAGCUGAUGAUGAAGAUAAUGAUGAUUUUUUUUGUGUGCAUGUUCAAUUGCGUUUUCUUCAUUCCUGAGGAUAAAUUUUUUCUCAUUUUCUUUGUUGAUUUUGUUUAUGCAGAAGUAGUUUUACCAUGAGUGUGACCCUGGUAUUGGAAGCUUUACUGCCAAAGGGUAUGAUUGUGCCUUCAGCAUUUGAGAUGGUGGGACAUACUGCGCAUCUCAGCCUUAGAGACGAGCAUCUACCUUAUACGAGGCGCUCAUUGCCAAGGUAGUUCUGGAUAAGAAUCAGCCAAUGAUACAAACCGUUGCGAAUAAGAUUGGUCCUCUUCACAAUGACUUCAGAACAAUGCAACUAGAGGUUUUAGCCGGAAACCAUUCCCUGGUGACUAUGGUUGUUGAAAAUGGACUGCGCGUUCAUGUUGAUUUAGCUAGAGUGUAUGUAUCUUCUUUCUCAUUAGAUGAAUCUCUCUUAAUACCAAAAUAUGUUUACUUUCCGACGAGUGAUGACUGGAAAGUAUAUGUUCUUAUUUUCAUGUAACUAGUGUUGUAUAUGUUCAUAAGUUGACAUCUCUUUUUGUAUUUUUUUAAGAAGCCUAAAAUAAGAAACUA